CAGAACAUGGCGGAACAGAUCCCUCUGUACCCGGUGCGCAGCGCGGCGGCCGCGGCCAACUGCAAACGUGCGGCCUACUUCAGCGCGGCGGGGCCCGGGCCAGGGGCAGAGCGGUCCAGCAGGUGCCAGCUGGAAGAUGAGUCUGCCCAUUUGGAUGAAAUGCCAUUAAUGAUGUCUGAAGAAGGCUUUGAGGAUGACGAAAGCGACUACCACAGAUUACCACGAGCUAGGGUCAUGCGAAGAAAGAGAGGCCUGGAGUGGUUUGUCUGUGGAGGAUGGAAGUUCCUCUGUACCAGUUGCUGUGAUUGGCUGAUAAAUAUUUGUCAAAGAAAGAGAGAAUUGAAAGCUCGUACAGUGUGGCUUGGAUAUCCGGAAAAGUGUGAAGAAAAACAUCCCAGAAAUUCUAUAAAAAAUCAGAAAUACAAUGUAUUUACCUUUAUACCUGGGGUUUUAUAUGAACAAUUCAAGUUUUUCUUGAAUCUCUAUUUUCUGGUAGUAUCCUGCUCACAGUUUGUGCCAGCAUUGAAAAUAGGCUAUCUCUACACCUACUGGGCUCCUCUGGGGUUUGUCUUGGCUGUUACUAUCAUGAGGGAAGCAAUUGAUGAAUUUCGGCGUUUUCAGCGAGACAAGGAAGUGAAUUCACAACUAUACAGCAAGCUUACAGUAAGAGGUAAAGUGCAAGUUCAGAGUUCAGACAUACAAGUUGGAGACCUCAUCAUAGUGGAAAAGGAUCAAAGAAUUCCAUCGGACAUGGUAUUUCUUAGGACAUCAGAAAAAGCAGGUUCAUGUUUUAUUCGAACUGAUCAACUCGAUGGUGAAACUGACUGGAAGCUGAAAGUGGCGGUGAGCUGCACGCAGAGGCUGCCGGCUCUGGGGGACCUUUUUUCUAUCAAUGCUUAUGUUUAUGCUCAGAAGCCACAACUGGAUAUUCAUAGUUUUGAAGGCACAUUUACCAGGGAAGAUAGUGAUCCACCCAUUCAUGAAAGUCUCAGCAUAGAAAAUACCUUGUGGGCAAGCACUGUUGUUGCGUCAGGUACCGUAAUAGGUGUUGUCAUUUAUACUGGAAAAGAGACUCGAAGUGUAAUGAACACAUCCAAUCCAAAAAAUAAGGUUGGUUUGCUGGACCUUGAGCUCAAUCAGCUGACCAAAGCGCUGUUUUUGGCAUUGGUUGCCCUCUCGGUUGUCAUGGUGACCUUGCAGGGAUUCUCAGGUCCCUGGUACCGCAGUCUCUUCCGCUUUCUCCUGCUCUUCUCCUACAUCAUUCCCAUAAGUUUGCGUGUGAACCUGGACAUGGGCAAAGCCGCCUACGGGUGGAUGAUUAUGAAAGAUGAGAAUAUUCCCGGCACAGUGGUCCGGACCAGCACCAUCCCGGAGGAGCUGGGGCGCCUGGUGUACCUGCUGACGGACAAGACAGGAACCCUCACCCGGAACGAGAUGGUAUUUAAGCGGCUGCAUCUGGGCACCGUGUCUUACGGGACGGACACAAUGGAUGAGAUCCAGAACCAGCUCAUGAAUUCCUACUCACAGAUGCAGUCUCAGGCCAGUGGGAACAAUGCCAGUUCAACACCCCCAAGAAAAGCCCAGUCCUCGGCGCCCAAGGUCAGGAAAAGCGUGAGCAGCCGGGUCCACGAGGCCGUGAAGGCUGUCGCCCUGUGUCACAACGUGACGCCCGUGUACGAGGCCCGCGGCGCGGCCGGGGAGACUGAGUUCACCGAGGCCGACCAGGAUUUCAGCGACGACAACCGCACCUACCAGGCCUCCAGCCCCGAUGAGGUGGCCCUGGUGCAGUGGACGGAGAGCGUCGGCCUCACUCUGGUCAACAGAGACCUCACGUCCAUGCAGCUGAGGACCCCCAGCGGCCAGAUCCUGACCUACUGCAUCCUGCAGACCUUCCCCUUCACGUCGGAGAGCAAGCGGAUGGGGGUCAUCGUCAGGGACGAGUCCACGGCAGAGAUCACGUUCUAUAUGAAAGGUGCCGACGUUGCCAUGUCCACCGUCGUCCAGUAUAAUGACUGGCUGGAGGAGGAGUGCGGCAACAUGGCCCGCGAAGGCCUGCGCACCCUCGUGGUGGCCAAGAGGGCGCUGACGGACGAGCAGUACCAGGACUUCGAGAACCGCUACAACCAGGCCAAGCUGAGCAUCCACGACAGGACGCUCAAGGUGGCCGCCGUGGUGGAGAGCCUGGAGCGGGAGAUGGAGCUACUGUGCCUGACGGGGGUGGAGGACCAGCUGCAGACGGACGUGCGGCCCACCCUGGAGAUGCUGCGCAACGCGGGCAUCAAGAUAUGGAUGCUGACGGGUGAUAAACUGGAGACGGCCACGUGCAUCGCCAAGAGUUCUCACCUGGUGUCUCGAACACAGGACACACACGUUUUCAGGCCGGUAACCAGUCGGGGAGAAGCCCAUUUGGAGCUGAAUGCCUUUCGAAGGAAGCAUGACUGUGCACUGGUCAUAUCCGGGGACUCCUUGGAGGUCUGCCUGACGUACUACGAGCACGAGUUCGUGGAGCUGGCCUGCCAGUGCCCGGCCGUGGUCUGCUGCCGCUGCGCACCCACACAGAAGGCCCACAUCGCCAAGCUGCUGCAGCGGCACACGGGCAGACGCACGUGCGCCAUCGGUGACGGAGGGAACGACGUGAGCAUGAUCCAGGCAGCGGACUGCGGGAUCGGGAUCGAGGGGAAGGAGGGCCGGCAGGCCUCGCUGGCGGCCGACUUCUCCGUCCCGCAGUUCAAGCACAUCGGCCGCCUGCUCGUGGUGCACGGGCGCAGCAGCUACAAGCGGUCGGCGGCACUCAGCCAGUUCGUCAUGCACCGCGGCCUCGUCAUCUCCACGAUGCAGGCCGUGUUUUCCUCCGUCUUCUAUUUCGCGUCCGUCCCUCUGUACCAGGGAUUCCUCAUGGUGGGGUAUGCGACGGUCUACACCAUGUUCCCUGUCUUCUCCCUGGUGCUGGACCAAGACGUGAAGCCCGAGAUGGCAAUGCUGUACCCAGAGCUGUACAAAGACCUCACCAAGGGAAGAUCCUUAUCCUGUAAGACCUUCCUCGUCUGGGUUUUAAUCAGUAUUUACCAAGGCGGCAUCCUCAUGUUCGGGGCCCUGGUGCUUUUCGAGUCCGAGUUUGUGCACGUGGUGGCCAUCUCCUUCACGGCCCUCGUCCUCACGGAGCUUCUGAUGGUGGCCCUGACCGUCCGGACGUGGCACUGGCUGAUGGCGGUCGCUGAGCUGCUCAGCCUUGGCUGCUACGUGGCCUCGCUCGCUUUUCUAAAUCAAUAUUUUGGCACAGGCAGGGUGUCUCGUGGAGCCUUCUCGGAUGUUCCCUUCAUCGCGACUCUGACCUUCGUGUGGAAAGUGUCAGCGAUCACGGUGGUCAGCUGUCUUCCUCUCUACGCCCUGAAGCACUUGAAGCGGAGGCUGGCCCCUCCCAGCUACUCCAAGCUCUCCUAGGG